AUGGACGAUUGUCCCAAGUCCAAGAAGUCUCCCGCGAAGCCCUCCCCUGCGUCAGCCCCCCAGUCUAAGUCUACUGUCCCGGUUAAGCGCCCUAUCGAGUCAGACAAGUAUGACAAUAAGGAUUCCAAGAGAAGGAAGAAGGAGAAGGCCGUGGAUGAGGAGGAUAAUGCUAAAAAGAAACCUGGAAACGAUAAAAAGAAGCAAUUGUUUCAGAGGCUGUGGACUGAUGAUGAUGAGCUUGCAAUCUUGAAGGGCAUGCUCAAUUCCUACUGUGAGAAAGGCAUGGACCCAUUUACCGAUAUGAAUGCCUUUCUUGAUUUCAUUAAGAAAUCCCUCCAUGUUAAUGUCACCCGGAAUCAAUUGUCUGAUAAAAUGAGAAGAUUGAGGAAGAAGUAUAUGAAUAAUGCAGGUAGGGGAAGAGAGGUAGGGGACCCAUUUUUCUCAAAACCUCAUGAACAUAAGACUUUUGAGUUAUCGAAGAAAAUAUGGGGUUCUAACGCUGCUAAUGAUGUUGUCAACAAUCAUACUUCUAGCAAUCGAAAAAUGAAUGAAAUCGAUUGGUUUGUGUAUCCACAUCUGCCUAAGUCAUUCCAGACUUAG